UAUGUUUACGAACUUGAUAUAAGGAGUUUACCAUUUAUGUUUCUAAUGUUGGUUGAUUUCCCUGUUAUGUAAGAUUCAGGAAGAGACAGAAAGGAUUCGGGCUUAAUUGGAAGGUUAAUCUUUACGGUAUGGAUGCAUUAUAAGGUAGGAUGAUGUUCUUGUAGAGGACGAAAAGCUACAAGAAACAAUCUGCAGACAUGAACAGUAACACCACAAGUGAAGGUAAAAGAUCGCGGAAAGCGCCGCUGUCAGCCAAAGGCCAUUCGAUGCCCCGUCUACCCUCCUCUUGGGCACUCGGGCACGCCCAGUCUAGGUUGGAAAAAUAUUGCAGUGAUGCUAAUUUGGAGAUCGCAGCCUAUACAUUGUCGUUGCUGGCUACGAUGUGUCCAUGAAAAGCGACAUAGUUUCCACCCAGUUACGGCAACUUGGAUUAUGGAAUAAAUUUUGUGACUUGGAGUUGGGGACUUAGUCUGCCAUUGUUGUGAUUAGUGACUAAGUGACUUUGAUGAACACCAUGGAUAUGAAAGGGGAGAGCAGCACAAUUGAAUUUAUUGCUGUAAAGGAAGAGGAUAUUGAAGAAACCACCGAGGAGGAUUUGCAAGGAAUAAAAGAAGAAGUUUUUGAAGAUACAAAUGCAGAGAUUGUUAUAUAUGUAAAGACUGAAGAAGAGCAAAGACUGAAGCAGGGAAGUUCUUUGUCUGAAGUCAAACAUAUUGGUGAGGUAACAGUUGGAAAUGACUCCGAAAAUUUGCCAUGUGAAGAAGAUCCGUUGUCAUUAUCAGGGCCAUUUGGAGCUGAAGAUUAUGGAAAUGCUUGCUUCGCAGAUGAUCAGGCAUUGGGAGGGGAAAAAGUGGAAGCAAGAGAGGAGGGUUUAGGUUGUGCGGUGUGUGGGAAAAUAUUCCACUGCAAGACUAAACUUUUACGUCAUAUGAGAGUGCAUGCAAGGGAGAAGCUUCAUCUCUGUGAAAUGUGCUUUAAGGUAUUCUCUAGUAAAAAUAAUCUAACAAAACACAUAGCUGUAGUACAUGCAAAAGAGAAGUCUUAUAUUUGUGAAACAUGUGGGAGUGUCUUUUCUGGGAAAUAUACUCUUACACAGCACUUGAAAGUACAUACAAAGGAGAAUCCACAUACCUGUGAAGUCUGCAGCAAGAUGUUCUCUCAGAAACAGCAUCUGGUGCAGCAUAGGAAGGUACAUACACAGGAGAAGCCCUACAGCUGUGAGAUUUGCAACAAGGUAUUCUCUCAGAAACAUCAUCAGAUUGACCAUAUGAGAGUGCACACGAGAGAGAAGGCAUUUUCAUGUGAUGUAUGUAGGAAGCCAUUUGCUUGGAAAUGCGAUCUAGUUGCACAUAUGGGGAUACAUAGCAUAGAGAAGCCAUUUAGGUGUGAGGUUUGUGGUAAAACAUUUAGUGUAAAAAGUUAUCUUGUAAACCACAUGAGAGUGCAUACAAAAGAGAAGCCUUAUAGAUGUGAGAUAUGCAGCAAGGCAUUCUCUCGGAAACAUCAUAUGGUGAAGCACAAGAAAAUACAUACAAGGGAAAAGCAGAACAUUUUAUCAGUAGUUCUUUAGUUAGGCUAGUGAGAGUACAUGCCAAAUGUGCUUUGGGAUGUUUUUUUUUUUUAAGGUAUUGUUACUAUGGAUAAAAUUUCCUCUACUUUCUAAGUGCUACACUAAAAUCAUGUACACUUUACUACUAUAAUGAAAAAGCAUGUACACAAAAGCAGCUCACUUAAUAUCCAUAUUCUUUAAAAAUCAAAUGGAAAUUUUUCAUUUGCAUUAUAAAACAAAUUACUAUGCAAUGUUUUUGCUUUAGUAUUAUAUAAUGCAUAAUAGCACAACAAAAAUGUACAUUGUAACCAUAUAAUCAUAUACAGCAGCUUUUUAAAAAUAUUUUUCACAAAAUCAAAUUUUCAGUUCUAGUAUGGAAGCAUCUUUCCUGGUCAGCCAUUUCUAGAUCCAUAUGCUCUUUAAAGCCAAGGAUCUCCUACCAAUGUGUAACUCUGGUUCAGGCUAAGAUCUAGGCAUACUCUCAGGAGGACAGGAAGCUGACCUGUAGUAUAUUUUUACCUUGAUCCUAGAUUUAAUCUUGUAGAAUCUUAAAAAUGUGUUAGACAAUCCAUUGCAGUUAUAACAUCACCCAAGAGAGUGUAAUUAUAAUGUCAAGAAAAGGGCAGCUCUGGGACCAGGACCAUGCUUUUGAAUCUUUUUUGCUUGAGUUAUGACUUCUGACUUGUAGCACAUUUAAUCAACUAACCCCUCCACUUUACCCUUUUCACUCUCGCACCUUUCUGUAGUGAUAUAUGAGCUUUGUUGUCUAGCAUACUUAUUUAGUUAUGUAACCAUUAACCAUUUUGCUGGAGAUGAAGCAAAAAUCCUUGGGGAGCUGUAAGUUAUUACAUCAUCCAUAUGUAAUGUGUACAUGUACCAUGUGGAAGGAAGUCCACAAUACUUGAUGAGACUCCUGAAUAGGUUGUAGGAAGUAGGGAAAGUUUAUUCAUGUGUAGGAAUUCCUUAAUGGGUAUUCUAGUCUGUGCAUGAGGUAAGUUAUAUUACUGAGAUCACUUUAGCAGGGAUGUCAACAGUGCCAUAUAAAAGAUGAAACAAGUGUAGUGAAUCACAGCAGUCUGAAUAUAAUUAAUUCAUAAAGAGCAUGAAAAUAUAAUGAAUAAGGAAAUUAUAGUGAUGCAUUAUCAGUAGUGCCAUACACAUGCUAAAAUAGGUUCUAAUUAAAUUUAAUAAAGUAAUGUACUAGUGUUAUUACAGUUGAAAAAGGUAAACAUGGUGCCGUAAAAUGUAUAAUGUAGAAAAGGAAUAAAAACAGACCAAAGUUAAUAUUA